GCCGCAGGAUGACGUCAUCCAACGCGACAGCUACUGUAGCGACGCUGCCACUGUCUCGCUUUGUGAAACAUUACGGACGCAAGACUGUUGCUGAGUGAACGAGUUCAGAAACAAUCUCAUCGCCAACAGGCAGUCAAGAGAUAAAACUCUGCCAUUUAUUGUAACGUUUAAAUGGAUGUGAAAGAGGAGACGUGUGAGGCUGACCUGAAUAUCAUAAAAUUAAGGAUCAUAAAUGUUAAGGAGGAGGACUGUGAGUGGGAGAGUGUCCACCCCAAACAGGAGAGUCUGGACAUUAAGGAAGAGGACCGUGAACUGGUGUCAGUGAAAAUUAAAGAGGAGGAUGAAGAGAAGUGUGUCAGCACAGAGAUACACAACUAUAGAAGUUUGGAGAGUGUCGAGGAAGAUGACCUUCAUUAUGGACAUCAAGAUGGAGCAGUGACCGGGUUAGUCUCUUCUCAAAGCAGACGCUCUUCAUCUCCGGAGUCUUCUAUCAAUGUAAAAUAUGAAUCAUUACAGUCUGACAGAAAGACGACUGAAGAGAUUUCAUCUCCUCGAACUGAGGAAGAUCAGCCAUCACCUAAGAAGUCAUCUAAAACAAAAACAGUGGAUCAGAAAAAACUUGAAAUGCUGCUGAAUAUGAAGAAGAAAAUCUGCACGUCUGGAUAUAAGGAUGAAAUCAAGGUGGUGCAGUCAAAACUGAAGAGACAGCUUUGUAAGGGAAAGCCCACUACAGAGACAAACUUGACCACAAGUUACAACAAAACACAUGAAGGAAGUGUGGAAUGGGGUGACGAUCAUCACUGGCAGCUGUAA